AUGCAUGAAAUUAUAUUUAGUAAACAGAGAAAAAGAAAUAAAAUCGAGCAAAAUCGUCGUCAAAAAAAAACAAAUGUAAGCAUUCCAGGACGCCGUCGGCGUUAUAUAAAAUAUUUGAAAGUUGUUGAAGAUAAUUCAUCUCUAGAUGAAGUUCAUCCAUCAGUAGCUGAUGAUAUUCCACCAAUGACCGAAUCAGAUUGGUCAAGAAUUCAUCAAGUUCAAUUUGCAUACCGUGAAGCAACAACACUGAAUAAAGUAAUUGGUGUUCCAUUGUAUCCAGCAACUCAACCAAUACAUUCUACACUUGAACUUAUUCGAAUUCCAACUUAUUUAGCAUCCAUACGUCUUAUAACUUUUUUGAAAAAAAUUCCUGAAUUUGAUUUAUUUAAUUCAAAAGAUCGUGUUACACUUGUUAAAAAUAAUUUAUUAGCAGUUGUCUUUAUGCAUGCUGUUCUGUUAUAUAAUCCCAUUACUGAUAGUUAUCAUGAACAUAAUACAGAAGAUCCCAUAUUUCAAGGCAAAGAUUGGAUUGAAAUACUUGGUGAAGAAUUGUAUCAUCAAUUAACUGAUGUAACAACGAAAUUAAUUACAAUAUUUCAAUAUGAUCGCGUUAUUGUUAAAGUAUUUUUAUUACUCAUUCUAUUUACAAAAGGUUUUUGUGGUUAUGACAUAGCCCAUGAACCAUCAUUAGAAGAUCAUUUAAUUGUAUUUAACAUACAAAAUCUUUAUCUAGAAUCACUUUAUAAAUAUUGUUUACAUCAUUAUGGUUUGCCGAAAACCGUUACUUUAUUUUCGCGUUGUCUUAAUCAAAUACUUGCUAUUCAACGCUUAGCUGUUCAUUUAAAAGGUUUUGUACAUAAUCAUAUUGAUGCAUCCCAAUUAUCGCCAUUAAUGCAAAGUGUUUUACAAUUAUCAGACUAA